UUCUGGCCUAUUUUCACGUAUGGUAGUUUUCUCAUCUACCAAAUUUAAUUAAUGUGAAAUGUCAGCGCAAAAAGACUGCGAGUUUUUGGUCAAAAGAGCCCGAGAGUUGGUCUCUGAAGACACAUGUGCGGCCAAAGCCUGGCUCAUAACAGCUAGAACUCUUUACCCAUCAGAUUUCAGCAUACAGUAUGAAAUGUACAUCAUUGAACGCAAUGCAGAGAAGACAGCUUCUGCAGGGAGGCUGCUGUAUGACAUGUUUAUAAACUUUCCAGAUCAGCCCGUUGUUUGGCGUGAGAUAAGUGUGAUCACAAAUGCUCUGCGCAGUGACUCUCAGGAUAAACAUGCACAGUUUCUAAGAGGACUUUUUGAGACAUUGCCUGGUCGUGUGCAAUGUGAAAUGCUAUUGAAAGCCACAGAGCAGUGUUUUAACACUUUGGAGAAAGCAGAGAUGCUGUUGCUCCUUUUGAAGCGCUUUCCAGAGUCUGUGGUUCAACAUGGGGUUAAUUUAGGAGAGACGCUGUUGGAGGCAGAGGCAUCAGAGAAUGCGGAAACACCUGUCAACUGCUUCAGAAAACUUUUUGUGUGUGAUGUUCUUCCUUUGGUUAUAAACAACAUGGACAUGCGUCUGCCAACAAGCCUAAUGCAGAAAUAUAUCCUAAAAGCUGCUGAGUUCUACAUUGGUUAUGUUACUCGUGGACCAUCACCUGAUGUGCAGUUACAAGGAACUCAAGACAGCGGGACUUUAAAAUCACCUGGCAUUUCUCGUGGCUCACAGAGAUAUCUGAUAGAUGGCUUGUCAGAAAAAUCCUCAUUGGUAGCAGAACCUUGGGAAAGGCUUCUUGAUAUUGUUUCUGUGGUUGGUGCACGCUGCGAGUGGCAGGGAGACAAAGGGCAAAGGAGUUAUGUGGACAUGUUGCAGAGAGUGAAGGAGCUGUGCCGGUAUCUUCCCAGUCUGGAAGGAGAGACAAGGUCACGCUGCUGCAGUCAGGUGGUCAUUUGCGCAGCACUCGUGCUGUUCCGCAGCGCCUUCCUCUAUGUCUCAGCUGUACAACCUGCACUGUUCCAGGGAGUUGGUGCAGUGAUUUCAGGGCCGUGGAUCUUGGUGGAGGAUUUGAGUUCAGUGUUCAGUGAUGUGGAGAUAGAUCGAGGAACUCUAAAACACACGCAUAAGAAACGCAAACUGACUGAUGGAAGAGACAAAACGAUGAGCUCAGAUGAUGAUGAGGGUUUAGGGAAAGGCCGAGGCCGACACAUUUUUGUCAACAAGAUUGAGAUGCCCAGCUGGUCUGAGACUCUGGAGAGUUUCCGCACAGCAAGAGAAAGUUGGGACCUCCUUCACACCCAUGAUAAUCUGGAAGUUGAGUUUAAAAAAAUUUGUGCUGCAUGGAAGACAGACAACUGGCUGUGGUUCAGAAUAUUCCUCACGGACAUGAUUAUUUACCAGGGUCAGUAUCGUAAGGCCAUCUCCAGCCUGCAUCAGAUGGCUGCAGUACAACAGCCUCAGCCUGGCCAGCAGAGUCCCUCUGGUCAGGCCAGUCUGGAGCACCACAGGGCCCUCAUACAGCAGGCAUCCUGCCACUACGCACUGGGAGAGUACAGGAUGGCCUGCGAGAAGCUGCUUGAUGUUGCCAGUGGACUUGUUCCUCCAACACAAGAGCCUGUCAAGUCCACAGAAGAUCAGAGCAGAGUGAAAACCAAAACUAGGAAAGGUAAUGACCUACGAUUACUCCCCUGCACCAGCAAAGCUGUAUUACCUUUCUGUCUCCAGCUGAUGCUUGCUUCCUUCAAGCUCCGAGCCUUCACAGACAGUCGGGACGACCUGUCUCUCGGCCAUGUGGUGGUGCUCCUGCAGUAUGACUGGCCACAGGGCGAGAUGCUGUUUUUGAAGGCGGUGGAUAAAAUCUGUCAGCAAGGCAGUUUCCAAUAUGAGAACUUCUUCAACUAUGUCACCAAUAUUGACAUGCUGGAGGAGUUUGCUUACCUGCGUACUCCAGAAGGGGGCAGAAUUCAGCUGGAGCUGCUGCCCAAUCAGGGAAUGCUGAUAAAACACCACACAGUGACUCGAGGGAUCACCAAAGGAGUGAAGGAAGAUUUCCGUCUGGCCAUGGAGAGACAGGUGUCUCGCUGUGGGGAAAACUUGCUCAUUGUGCUCCACCGUUUCUGCAUUAACGAGAAAAUCAUCAUCAUCCAGUCCCUUCCUUGA